UUCUUCUUCCUCAACCUCUCAUUCCGGCAGAGUGGGAAUUCCAAAUUUGCAGAGAGAAAUCAAAAAUGGCGUCUUGGAAUUCAGUCCCACUCGAAAUCACAUACGAAGUUCUGGGUUGGUUGGCCUUCAUUUCAUGGUCCAUCGGCUUUUACCCACAAGUCAUCUUAAAUUUUCGCAGAAAAAGAGUACUAGCCUACCUACUUCUGAGUGUUGUUCGAAUAUACUCGAGAAAAGUUGAAUAUCUUUUUGAUGACUGCAAUGAAGUGCUACUAGACAUCAAGAAAUUUGUGUCUAGCACAAAAGACAAUGCACCUGCAGAAAUGCUGUGUGCGGCUUUCAACUCUGUAAUCAUACCGGAUAGGUUUGAACUUGAUGCUUUUGAUAUGGGGUGCCUUGAAGAUGUCAGUGGUGAGCAUUUGGCAUCUCACAAAGAAAUCACACUUAAAGGCAUUAAAUUUGUGGUCCUCGAUGUUUCAUUACUUUAUUUUAGUUUGUACAAUUUCACACAAUUUCAGCAUGAUAUGGAACAGAAUGUGCAGAGUGGAACGGAAUAG